ACAUUCAUUGAAUUCUAUUUGAAUAGCUGAGUAGCAAAUGACAGAAAAAGAGGAACAGAAUAAUUUUUUGUUAACAAAAAAAGGAAGUAUCUUUAGUGGUAGAAAGACGAACUAAUAUGUAAAAUAAAAUGUUUUAACAUUAAUUGUUAAAUUUAGAAAUACACAUUGUUAUUUAAAGUGAUAGCAAUUAAGUAAUUUAGCAAAUAAUGCUUAUUUUGUGAAUAUUCCUCAUUAUCGUUAACAUCUUUACAAUGUUUCUUUAGUAAACAAAUAAAAAAUAUUAAGGAAAAAAUAUAAAAGUAUGUUGUUUCAGCACAGUAUUACAUUAAAAUGUAAUCAGCUGAGUAACAAUAAUUCCGUAGAUAUAUUAAAUCCGUAAAACAAAUAUUAAGAGAAUACCCAAAAGUCUGUUUUACAUGGUAUUCAUGGGGAGCCGCUUGCUUCACAGUGGAAAAAAAAAAGAGUUUCCUGGCAAAUGACGUCAUGAACAGAUACCUGCCCAGUGCCCAAUAGGAAGAGAGUAAACGCGCAUAGCUGGAGCUAUUACGGCUAGAAACGACAUCUUAGGCAGGGGGGUUUAAACGGGAAGAAAACAAGAAAACAGGGAGCUGCGUCGGUAAAUAGUUCGUUUUGUCCGUGUAUUAUCCCCACAGCCGCUCGAUAGUAACACAAACCAUGGAUUGAAGCCUUUGUAACCGAAAGUGAAAGUGCGUAAAGAUUUUUGCACAAGUUAGCCUCAAGCUAGCUUAGUUAGGGGGAGGGGCAAAGGGUUGAUUUUUUUUUUUUUUUUAAUAUCGUUUUUGCGUAACUUAAGUUAUUUGUUUAUGUUAUUUCACACAGACAUGACCUCUUCGAAUCAAGAGUUGACAGAUCCAAAUCUGGGUAUGGGAGCAAGUGGGACUCAAGCAAGCGGUGGAGCUGUUGUACCGAAAGGAACCAACAAAAGACGACUUACGUCAGACUUUGAGGAUGAUGAAGGGAGCAAGUUAUUCAGAGGGGACGAUGACACAGGAGGCUCCAGCAAUGACAAAGAGCGCUUUGCCAGGGAGAAUCACAGUGAGAUUGAGAGGAGGCGGCGGAACAAGAUGACUGCCUACAUAACAGAAUUGUCAGAUAUGGUUCCCACAUGCAGCGCGCUAGCACGAAAACCGGACAAACUCACCAUCCUACGAAUGGCAGUUUCUCAUAUGAAGUCUUUGAGGGGAAGUGGGAAUACCAAUGCUGAUGGAUCCUACAAGCCAUCCUUUCUUACUGAUCAGGAACUAAAACAUCUAAUCCUGGAAGCUGCUGAUGGCUUCCUGUUUGUGGUGUCCUGUGAGACCGGCCGCAUUGUUUAUGUCUCCGAUUCUGUGACACCGGUGCUGAACCAGCUGCAGUCCGAAUGGCUCGGCUCCUCUCUUUACGAUCAGCUCCACCCAGAUGACACAGAAAAGCUCAGGGAGCAGCUUUCCACUGCAGAGAAUAACAACACAGGGAGGAUGUUGGACUUGAAGACUGGUACUGUGAAGAAGGAGAGUCAGCAGUCGUCAGCUAAAAUGAGUAUGGGAGCCCGGCGAUCCUUCAUCUGCAGAAUGAGAUGCGGAACAUGCCCUGUGGAGCCAGUGUCGAUGAACAGACUCGGCUUUCUAAGAAACAGAAACCGAACUGGUUUGGGUACAGCCAAGGAUGGAGAGCCUCAGUAUGUAGUGGUUCACUGUACAGGAUACAUCAAGUCUUGGCCACCUGCUGGCGUGUCUUUAACAGAUGAUGAAGCUGACAACAAUCAGGGGAGUCGUUACAGCCUUGUUGCCAUUGGAAGAUUACAGGUUACAUGUUGUCCAGGGGACGGGGACCUGAAUAGUCUCAGUGUUCCUGUGGAGUUUAUAUCUCGCCAUAACUGCCAGGGCAUGUUCACCUUUGUAGACCACCGCUGCCAGUCUGCUGUCGGGUAUCAGCCCCAGGACUUAUUGGGGAAGAACAUCCUGGAGUUCGCCCAUCCUGAAGAUCAGGGGUUACUAAGAGAUAGCUUCCAGCAGGUAGUGAAACUAAAAGGCCAAGUUCUGUCGGUGAUGUUCCGGUUCCGCUCCAAAGUAAGGGAAUGGAUCUGGAUGAGAACCAGCUCUUUCACGUUCCAGAACCCCUUUUCAGAGGAAAUUGAGUAUAUCAUCUGUACCAACGUCAAUGUGAAAAACUCAACCCAGGAUCCUCACACCCCCAGCCCCUCCCCGGGGGCUUCGAUGCCCCCCUCCUUAGGCCAGAGCAGCCCCAAUGGCCGACCCGCUGUGCUCAGCCCAGGCCAGUUAGCCACCAGACAGUUACAACAGCAGCAGCAGGCUGACCUGGAGGGAGGCGGGACCAGAGACGGACUGUAUGAAGCCGGACCGAUCAUACCACAGAUCCCAGUGACACCAGCAGGUCCGGACCACAGCAAAAGCAUAGAAAAGCCGGAGCUCUACCCCCCAAUGUUCCAGAGUCCAGACCCGACUAAGGCCAUGUCGUCCUCCUCGACACUCAACACUCAGAUCUAUGCAAACAACUUCCCACCUGCUCGGUCCAAUGAUGCGUACCGGCCAAUCAGUAUGCCUCAACAGAUGGCCCAACAAACACAGUCGGCACCGUCUGCCCACACAGCAGGACAGCUGCUGGCUCAGAUGUCACGUCAAAAUGGAUCCUCACAAUCUGUUAACCCGUCAGGAACGGGUAAUCCUCUGCAUGGAGGCCCCGCAGCAGGAUGGGCUGGAGCUGGAACCAACGUCAGGCCGCAGUUCAACAACCAGGUGGCUCCACAGGCAGCUAAGACCAUGUCGCCUCAGUUUUCCUCCAUGGGAGGGUUUGGAGGUAAUUCCUCCUCCGCCUUUGGCCAAAUGCCGACAGGUGCUGCUCCAACUCAAACCAACGGAGCAAACUAUCCAGACAUGACCGCCCGUGCCAGCCUCAGCACCAACGGUUAUGACGGCUCUCAGUCCGGAGCUCAGUUCCCGUCUCGAGCAGCAGAGGCGGUGUGGCCUCAGUGGCAAGGCCAGCAGGGUAAUGCAGAGCAGCAUCCUCACGCUCAGGGCAGCCAGCAGGACAUGUUUCCUGAUAUGUUGUCUAUCCUGGACCAGCCGGGCAGCUUCAGCAGCAGUGACUUUGGGAUUCCCCUCUACCCUCAAUACAAUGAAUGAACUGGUUUGUGUAAUGGUUUUCUUUGACUCAUGAAUUUUGUCCUCUUCAGAUCCACUGCUUUUUCUGAUCUCCUGCUUGUGAAAGUCUCAUUAUUUUCUGUUUUUGCUUUCUUGUACAAUUGCACAACUGGAUAAAGAUGGAGGGAUCGAUUACUGCAGAUUUAUACAUAAAAAUUCAUCAAGUUGCUACUGACUAAAUGAUUAUUUCAGCCAUUAUAAAGAAUGCCAUAGCCUAACACUGCUCAAACCUCAAUAAGUUAUGUUAAAAAUAUGUCAAAUACAAUAUAUAGAUGUUUUAAAACGCACAAUCACUCUUGAAUAGAUUGCACAGUCACUCUCCCACUCUCUGGAAAUUAUUAAAGGAAGUGAAGACAUACUCAAGAUCUUUUGAUUUCAAAAUCUGUUUUUCUCAGGCAAAACUUACAAGAAAAUUUUACUUUUUUUUGCCUUUUUGCGUGUAAACAACUCUAGAAGUGACGAAACUGUGGAAAUAGCAGGGAUUUACAUUUUGAAUUAGUUUGAAAUCCACUUUAGUUCAUUUGCAGCUUAUCCCUGCACCGCUUUCAUGGAGCACUUCAAGAAUGGUAUUCUUUGCAUUGAAAUUUAUAAAUGAAAUAUAAAUCUAUAUUUAAAUUCUAUUUUGCCUUUUGAGAAAAAGUCUGCUUGUGGUUUAUUUGAGUCGUACUUCACUCACAUUUUUAUUUCUUCCUGUCGUUUAUAUGUAAAGCAGUCGUUUCUGUGAAUUCAGAAAACGUACGUUAGCAGUAUGCAUGUAUGAUGAAUACGAUAAUUGUCAGCCAUAGUUUUAGGGUUUCUCUCCCCUCUAAUUUAACUUUUCUUUUGACCUCAACUUCUACAUGUGGAGGUUUGUACUUGUUUUAUAAAAUAAAUAUAUAAAAAAAAAUCAGCAAUAAUGAAAAAGGCAGGAAUUGUGUAUCUUUAAAGCCAUCUGUGACAUUAUGGUUUCAUUAUUGUUUUUAAACUGAUGAUUUCUGUCUGAAGUAUUUUCUGGGUUUGUUCUUGACCUUCGCUUCUCCCUCCUCUGGUUAGUAUUGUUUGGUUUAAUCAGGGUAUUCAGGAUUAAAAUGGAACGAGCAGCAUUGAAAACAAAAUGGACCUACGCGAAUGUCCGACGGUAUUUUCAGUGUUCUUAACUUUGUGAAAAUAGGGCAAGAACUGAACCUACACGUUCAUUUUUGUUUUUUUUUUUGCUUUAUAAACUAACUUUGUGGGAUGAAUGUUAGUUCUUCUAUAAACUCUGAUUUUAAUGUUCUGAAAGCUACAGAUACUGAGUGAAACAUUCAAACAUGUAGCUAUAUAUCUGCCUGUCAUUUUCAAUAGGAUGGUGAUUGUGAUUUACUUCAUAUAUAUAUCUAUAUAUGAGUCAUCUAUUCAUUCUUGUGUGUUAUAACUCAUAGAAGCAGAUAUAUAAAUAUACUGUAUAUGUUUAUGAAAUUUCAAACAAAAGAAAUACUUUUUUUUUGUAAUAAAUUGUUAUGUCAUGAAUGAA